CCGCGGCUUCCCGGGCGCAGACAGGCGGGCGGGCGGGAUCCUCCGCGGGAGCCCCACACCGUCCGGCGGCCCGGGGGGACCCUGCCCGCGGGAGGCAGCAGGAGGAGCCGGAGCCGCCGCCGGCCCGGGAGGAGGACCGACCGACCGACCGACCGACCGACCGACCGACGAUUACAGCGUCCGGCAUCCAGCCCCGCAGCGGCGCGGGCGGCGGGUCCCAGCCCGGGCCCCGGGGCAGCCCAGCCCAGCCCGGCUUUGCACUUGGCUGCCUCCGCCGGCCUCCCGACCCCGGACCAUGAUUUGGAAACGAAGCGCCGUCCUCCGCUUCUACAGCCUCUGCGGGCUCCUGCUACAAGCGGCUGCUUCAAAGAGCAAAGUAAAAGGAAGCCAAGGACAGUUCCCACUCACGCAGAAUGUUACAGUUGUGGAAGGGGGAACAGCAAAUUUGACCUGCAGGGUUGAUCAAAAUGAUAACACCUCCCUCCAGUGGUCAAAUCCAGCUCAACAGACCCUGUACUUUGACGACAAGAAAGCUCUGAGGGACAAUAGGAUUGAGCUGAUUCGGGCGUCAUGGCAUGAACUGAGCAUCAGCGUCAGUGAUGUGUCUCUGUCAGAUGAAGGACAGUACACCUGUUCUUUAUUUACUAUGCCUGUCAAAACCUCCAAGGCUUUCCUCACCGUCCUGGGUGUUCCUGAGAAGCCACAGAUUAGUGGGUUUACGUCCCCUGUUAUGGAGGGAGAGAUGAUGCAGUUAACAUGCAAAACCUCUGGUAGCAAACCUGCAGCUGAUAUCAAAUGGUUCAAGAAUGAGAAGGAGAUUAAAGAUGUUAAAUAUUUAAAAGAAGAGGAUGCAAAUCGCAAGACAUUCACUGUCAGCAGCACGCUAGAUUUCCAAGUGGAUCGAAAUGAUGAUGGGGUAAAAGUAAUUUGCAGAGUAGAACAUGAAUCCCUAAACUCCACACCUCAGGUAGCAAUGCAGGUCCUAGAAAUACACUAUACACCUUCAGUUAAGAUUACACCUUCAAUUCCGAUACCACACGAAGGACAGUCUAUAAUUUUGACUUGCGAAUCCAAAGGGAAACCACUGCCUGAACCAGUUUUGUGGACAAAGGAUGGAGGCGAACUACCAGACCCAGACCGAAUGGUUGUGAAUGGUAGGGAUCUAAACAUUAUUUUCCUAAACAAAACGGAUAAUGGUACCUAUCGGUGUGAAGCAACAAACUCUAUCGGCCAAAGCAGCGCAGAGUAUGUCUUGAUUGUGCAUGAUGUUCCCAACACUUUGCUUCCUACCACUACCAUCCCCUCCCUUACCACUGCAACAGUCACAACCACUGUAGCCAUAACAAGCAGCACAACCACAUCUGCAACAACCAUCAGCCUAAGAGAUCCCAAUUCUAUGCCUGGACAGACUGGCCCUGACCAUGCCCUUAUAGGAGGAAUAGUGGCUGUAGUUGUGUUUGUCACACUGUGCUCUAUAUUUCUGCUUGGUCGAUAUCUGGCAAGACAUAAAGGAACGUACUUAACAAACGAAGCUAAAGGAGCCGAAGACGCCCCGGAUGCCGAUACGGCCAUUAUCAAUGCGGAAGGCAGCCAAGUCAACGCGGAGGAGAAAAAGGAAUAUUUCAUUUAGUGCAGACCUAGAUUCUGAGUUUUACUUAUCGGGCUGACUGCUGGAGAAAACUGGCUAUCAUCUUUCUGAAUUUAUUCCUUCCAUCUUCUGCUACCUUUAUUAACUUGCAUUCUGCACUGCUAUCAGUAGCCAGUUUAUACCACCAAUCAGCUGUUGACAGCACCAUUCUUUAAUAACCCUAUCAUUCAUAAUGCAGGAAAUUUCUUAUUGCCUAAUAUCACGCCCAUUGCUCUCUUAACAUACAGUGCUUGAAUAUACAGCCUUAACAAUGUUAAUCAUCACCUUGAACCAUGGUAUGGAAUUGUUUUUGACAUUUUAAAACGUUCUUUUCUUUUCCUCGUUUCUUCCUGUUGUCACUGCCCUUAUCAGUAUGUCACUGGACAGUUUUCAUAACACACACCCUUAGGUGAAGGCCUAAUACGCUCAUGUUAAAAUCCACGAUUAGAGGUUUACAAAGAAUAUUUUCUACAUUUUUCGAAUUCAAAAAACAACUUUGUUUUUGACACAUAUUCCCUAGGAAUCAUAAACUAGAAACACUACAGUAGAAUUUUUAGAAUGCUCGGACUCAGUGGUAAAGCUGUAUCAAUUUGCCAUUUACGAAAUGGUACUUGAUACCGGAGCCAUGUGUUUGGGUUGUAAUCACAUCAUGCUGUGUACUAUACAGAUCCUGCAGUUAGACUAUUACAGCAUCAUUUCAAAAUAAAUUUGACCAACCCUUUUACUGCUUUGGGAAAAAUCACAAAGAUUAGAUCUGUUUCUGUAAUUUCUGUUUUUAUAAUUUAUUUGAUUCAUAUGGACUCAUAUGCCUACGCAAAUUUGAAAUACUCACAGGGCACAAUGUCAGACAUUUUAAUAUCUGUAUAUAGUGCAUAUAAUAAAUCCAAUUAAACAUUAUUUGAUACAUAUUUAACUUUUUUGGCUCCAAGUCAGUCAGUCAAAAGUAAGCAUUUUCUAAUGUCCAUUAUAUCCCUUUAGAUAUGACUUAAACCAGUAUUAUAAGUAGAUAACAUGUAUUAGUAUUUUUGUCUGUAUGUCCUAGCACUGUUCCGCAACAGAUUUUUCUAGUUCUUGUUAAUUUUUAUUUGUUAUACAAUGGAAGCACAAUGUUAUAAGGAAAGGUAAUUUUAAACUAACAACCAGUGCACAGCCUCAGGUUUUAAAUUACAACGACAUUUGAUUAUAUCCUUACAAAACAAUUUAGUUUGCUUUAAAAAUAAAAAUUUUAAUUUGGCAGUUCUAGGGCUGCUUACCUUUGUUGGUUUGCCAAAAAAACCCCAUUAAGAUAUAUGUUUUGUGUAUAAAUGGACUAAUUCUUUAUAUUAAAUUACUGUCUAUGCAUUUUGUGAGGUAUAGUGAGUAAUAGAGAAUUUCUGCCAUGCUUUUAGCUCCACGGUGAAAGUCUCUCUCUCUGGAUUAUUUCUGAAUUUUUUGUGUAAUUAACAGCAUACUCUUAAACCUGACAAAUAUAUUAGCCUAAUGGCUUAUUAUCUCUUCCGGUAAAAGUAAAUACUGCUAUACCAGGUCUCAGUAUUUAUUCCAUGUUAGAGGAAUGAAGACCAGUAUUGAUUACAAUUGAUCUCCCUUUCCCAUACGCUGCACCUUUGGAAAAAAACAAUUGUAUAUGGUAGCGAUACUUGUGAAUUUGAAAGCAUGAUGGCCUAUGGUAAAAAGAAUCUCUUGGGAUUUAUUUUUGGUGUAGGGGAAUGUUUGAGAACAUCAUGUAUUACUAUGAACUGAAGGACAAGGGUGCUGUAUCUUAGAUUAUUUAUCAGAAAAGUGUAAAACUUUUAAGGACAAUGUUAGAAUUUUAAAAUUGUUUUUGUUUAAACAUUUAUCUUGUUAAUUUCUUAAAAAAAGAAAAAAAGGACGAUGUCAGUCGAGCAGCACUUUUUCAAAAUAUACAGAACAUAAAUAAUAUGAUGUGGUUGAGUGUUAACAUAAUAAAUCAUAUACAGUAUGACAUUUUAAAGAAAUAAGUCUGCAUUGAUGUGAUUGCAUGAUUGUUUUUACAAUUCACUCCAUACAUCUGUGGAAAAAAUGCAAUAAUACGUUAAACUAUAGUAUGGUAGUUUGAGAGAUCCUGGUAGGUGCUCCUAGACACAUUCAAACUAGUAUAGGUUUACAAAUGAUUCAUGACUUUCAAGGCAGUCUUUAGAAAGAUCCACAAACAAAAUUUGUUCAAACAGAAAGGUUCUUGUUGUGACAAGAUGUUGCAUGAACUGCAUCCAACACUAUUUUAAGCCCAACUUCAAGAUACAUUAUACAAAACUGAUACUCUUUGUCAAUGCCAGGUUUAUAUUUCUAUUCUUUCCCUCCAAACUCCACUUGCCGCAAACAGGAGAAUUGUUGCUAUGGCAAUUCAAGCUUGAUUUAUAUUGAUAUAAAGUUAGAAAUAAACAAAACUUGAGGCAUUGUUAAGAUUUUGUCUUUCUUGACCCCCAUCCAUAAAACAAUGUAAAGAAGCAUUGAAACUUUGUUAAAAUCAGACAUUAAAAUCAGCUUGGAGGUCUCUAGUUAAAUGUUUCACCGGUUAGCUUUUGACCUGUGAAGAAUUUAUAAUGUAAAUUCUUGUAGUUACAUCAUAAACAAAAAUGAAAAAAAAAACCCACAAAAACGGCCACGUCCUACCUGAUAGAAAAGGUUUCCUUGCACAGUCUACUCAUUUUUGUGCAAAAUAAAAUUAGAUAAAUGGGUAAAGUGGAAGCUCCAGCUGUGUACCAUGUUCAUUCAUUCAUUCAAUCAUAUUUAUUGAGCACUUACUGUGUGCAGAGCACUGUACUAAGCGCUUGGAAAGAAUGUUUGUAAACUCAAUACCUUAAACAGUGGGCCAAGGGACAGGGAUUGGGGGUGUGCACAUAUCCAAAGGUAGAAUAUGGCAUGAUGUGAUUUGCUCAAGGGUAGGUAGCUAAUCUCUGCCAGUGUACUGUUUACAGUGUCCAUUAACUGUGCUCUUUAUUUGAAGUUUUAAAUGUCACAUUCUUUUAUAUUUUCCCCCAUGUGCUUGUUUCCUUGAAAAAUGAUGUAAGGUUUUUGUUUUUUUUGGGGGGGGGUGUUGGUUUUUGCUUUUGGUUGGGUGAGGGGGGAGGGGUAAAGGGAAGGGGGAUGCUCUUCUAGCUAAUCAUUUUCUGUCAUCAGAGAAUCCAAGAAGCAGUUUAAGGAACCUGAUACUCAAAUUGAGGUUUGGAAUUUAAUCUACAAAACAGAUACUUUCAUGUUGCUUCAAGAUGGAAAACCCUGCACUAAGACUCCAAUAUAUUAAAGACUAUGGGAAGAAAACUAACUUUUUCUAAAUAUGGCAAGGAAGUUAACACCUCAUGUAUUAUCAUUUUUAUGUAAAAAUAUAAAAUCUCUCAAUUGAAAGAAAGGACAGGCUCAUCUGUAAUUAUGUAAUCAUGAUUGUAAUAGCAUUGAGGUUCCAUGUAUGCACAUGUACAGUAGUUAUUCAGCAGUUACAGUGUAGUUACAUGUACUUCCAUGUAACAUAGCAGUUAUAGUGUAAUUUAGUGCCACUUAUUGUAAAGUGUUACCAAAAGGAAAAUGGAAUGCUUACCUAUAGUAAUUCAUUCACAAUAAGGGUAAGUGUAUUAAGUAAAACACCUUGAACCAGACAUUAUUUUUCUUCAUUAAACAGGCCAUGUAAGACAUCUUUGCACUCCAGCUUUCCCUUCCCAUCACAUCUUAUUUAGACUCUUCCAAAUCAAGUUCCAAUGACAUCACUUUUUGCAAAUGGUAAUCCGUGAUGAAUAUACCAAAAAUUCAGCAACCUCAGCUGAAGUCAGUAAAACACAAAUUGCUAGUGAGUAAUGCUUUUUAUUAAGUGGCACAAAGUACACACUAAAAACUAUGCAAAAAUAUAGGUAACUACAGUGUACUUACAUGUAAGUAUCUUGUACUUGCUGUGUAUGGAUGUUGGAAACCCAUGUAAUUAUAAUAUGCAUUUUGAUUAUCCUGAAAGAGGAAACCUUCUUCAGUGAUUGUGAGAAUUUAUUUCGAAGUACACACAUGCAGUACUUACCCUUAGUGCAAUAUAUUUCAUUGUUAUUUGCUGGGAUAUUUAAUGUAGGUUCUUCAUUCCCUUUCUUCCUGCCCUACAAGGUCCACUCAGACACUGUUAGAUUAAAUUAAGGCAUUAAGUGUGUUGAUCUCCACUACCAACACAUUGCAGCUUUGACAGUGCUGAUAAAUAAUCUACUUUAAUCUCAAAAACACAGAGGUUCCAGCUUCCUUUCUUAUGGGAGUCCACAUGCUAUAUGUGGCCUAACAUAUUUAGUAGGAAGAGUAAAGAAAAAAUUGCUGUUUCAUUCCCUGUUGCUGUUUCAUUUCCUUCCUUAAUGAAACCAUCAUCCUUGAAAUGUCCAUAUUUUCCCCUCAAAAUAGUGCCACACAUUCUUGUCAAAUAUAAAUUCCUCCCUCAAACUUCACAGAAUGCCUUUAAAAUAUAAGGUACCAUUUUUCUAAACAGGAAAUGUUUUAUAAUUUUUUCUCUUUCAACUUUUUUGUAUUAUAUCCUUCCAAAGGCAAUGCAUCAAGGAAAAAACCCAGUACAAAAUGGCAAAUGGUAAAUAUUACAUGAAAGACUAAUUUGAAUAAGAUGAACUUCUAUAUAUCUACCUUCCAUGCUUUCACAUUGAAUGCAAUAGUCACUGGUUGUUUUUGGUGGUGUUUAUCUCACAAAGAUCUUUCUACCUCUCACUUUACAUGACUAUGAUGAAGUUAUAAUGUCAAUAAUAAAGAGCUUUUAGCAAGGUAGCCUAACUGCAUCACAAAGGAAUUUUUAUUCUAAUUAUUGGUCUCGUUUCUGAGAAGAUCAAAACCUGUUUCUUUAUCGUGCUUAACAGAGAAAGAAACUGUACAGAGGUACAUUUUUAUAUAGUCACCUAAUGGAUAUUUCUGUUGAGAAGAAUAAACUAUUUCAUCUCACAAUCCCAUUCAAUUCUUACAUGAAAUUUAAUGUUAAUUUUUACACAAUUAAAAUGAAGUUUUUUUAAAAAAACGAAGCAGACAGCCCAUAAAAUAAAAUGAAUAUCUUAAUAAUUCUUACCAGUAGGGAAUGGGAUUGAUUCCAAUAACUACUCUGGAUCAUUCAUUAAAAAAAAAAAUCCCCAAACUUUUACUUUAGUGUGUUUCCUUUGUUUUUGUUUUUUGUCUGGGGUAGGAGGGUGGCAGGAGAGGGGGGCAUAGAGGGCACUGUAUUAUCCCAAUAAUGGGUUAUUUUGUUAUCACUAUUUUAUUUUACUAGUUUGGGGAUUUCUAAAUUGUCAAAAAUUGCAAUUUGCUUAUCUUUCAGCGUUGCAUUUAAAAACAGAUUUUAUACAUAAUCUCUGAAUAGAAAGUAUAUCAUAUAUGUUUCAUAUAUAUGAAAGCAGCUCAGUGGACAUUAAGGAAGCCAUAAGAAAUAAUCCCGAAUGGGCAGCAAUAGGCAAAAUAAACUGCUCAGUUAUUUAAAGGCUAUGCGGACAUUAUAUUCUGACAAUUUUACUCCCCACACCAGAAUUAUCUCCUGGGUACUAAAAGAGGGUAGUUUCAUUAUCACAUUGUUCACAUGCUGAGUGUCCAUGAAAUUCAUUCCAAUGUUAACAGGAGGAAGUGAGCCCCAAUUUGAAGAGACAGAAAAAGCCAUUUCCAAUGAUCUAUUCUAGUAUUAGCUCAAAGGAAAAAGGCUUCUGGUGACUACAAGAUUGAGAGAUCAGAGGGCUCAACACUUGACCCAUAUUCUGGGUUCAACCAGCAGUAGUUCCUCUAUGAAUUUUGAUCUCAGCAUAAACUACACACAAUACUUUAAAACUUCUGAUAUUCUCCUCAAAUUUUUUGUGGUACACUUUUUUACAUUCUAAAUAUUUAGUGGUAGUCUUAAGUAGAGGAAAUUUUGUGUAAUGGAAAGGAUGCAAUAGCUGCAAUGCAGGGAAGACAAUUUGCGCUUCCCUCUAUUAAGUUGUGGAUUACUUUUUCUUCCUCUAUUUUUUUUUGGUUGCUCCCAAAAUGAACUAUUUUAGUGAAUAGACAAGCUCAUUGUGGGCAGAGGUGCCCAUUAUAUUGUUGUUUGGUACUCUCCCAAGUGCUUAGUACAGCGCUCUGCACACAGAUUAAUAAAUUUGAUUAAAAGUAAACAUUGGCACACUUUAAAUGAUUUGUAGCUCCACACUGCUAUAAAGUUCUAAUUAAAAAAAAAAUAAGGAAAUGCAAUUUGACUUUACCCUUUGCACUUAAUGCAUUCUAUGAUGCAGCUAGGUAAUAACUAAAUUUUUGACUUUAAUUAUACAACCAUUGCCUAACAGUUAAAUGAAAUGCUGGUGACUUGUUUAUUUUAAAUGAAAACCAAUUUCCUUAAAGUUCAAAUAUUUUUAACUUAUUAGGAACCACACUGACCUAUUAAAAUAGAUUUCACUAUUGAAAGAAGUCCAUGUUACAAUGGUACGCUGCUUCUAGAACUAAGCUGUUAUAGUGGUCUAGCUUCAAAUUUGUAACAUUUGGAAGGAUAUUUUAUGACACUGUAAAAUAAAUAAUGCUCAAAGAGCCCCAGUAAUUAACCAUAUUGCACUGAAGAUAAAGACACAAUUGCUUAAUUUACUUUUGCAUUAGCAUUUUUAAGUGAACAAAAUGCAUAUUGUAAUGUUAGGUACAUGACACUUGCAUGUUUAUAUGCCUAUAUACUUACAAAGUAUUCAAUGUGUACUUAGUGGCGCUUAAGAUAUGUCAUGUACAACUCUUAUAAACAUUCUUACAGGGUUCCCAUUUGCACUUCAUCUUUCAGUAAAGUCUUGUCAGAAGAAAUGUCUGAUGAAUAUUAUUGAAAAAAUAAAACCUGAAUUUUAGUUAUCUGUUGGA